CCCUCAGCUGAGGUGUAGCUCCUUCAAUCGUCGGACCGGCAACACAGCUUACGCGCCUGCUAUGCGGUACUACCGGAGGACCAGUUGAAAUAUUUAUAUUGCCUCAUUUUUCUAUCCCUCUGAUCAACGAUUCAAGUGGAGACGCUUCAAUGUAGUAUUGGACGAGAAUUCUUCUUAGUUUGGCGUGUUGAUCGCGUGGACGGCUGUUAGACAGUUAGCGCAGGUGGCGCUGAAGAAGAGAUGCACUGUUAUGAGGAGUAUACGAGAGGUGAAUUGGAGCAAGAUGGCGGCCAGGAGAUGCGCCUGGAGAGUGGAGAACACGACAGGCGGCAGUCGUGUGGCGAAGGCAACAUGUCUUACCUCGCCGGACGCUAUCGCGAGGUUUACCGACACAAGAGCAAUGGACAUAACAUGAAGGAUCAGAAAGUGGUGCUGAUGCCAAUGACGAGUGCCGGCGAGGGCGUGAUGAUGCUGGGAGGCCCUGGGGAUAUGUACCAGGUGUGCGCAGAGGCAGAAUCGCAAGGCGGAGGGUACUACGUUGGCCCGGUGAGAGGUGGUGAGUAUGUGGGGGGUGAAGGGUACCAGAUGUGCUGCUGCGACGAGGACUGGUACCGGCACUAUUGUCCCGGAGACGCUCUUCCCCCCUGCCCCCCGGCGCCUGGGUCAGUUGUGCUCUACGACGGGGGCCACUCACCGGAGCCCUGUGUCCAACUGGCGCCCUCUCGCAGCUCUAGCCUCGGGCGCCGGCCACCGCGUCACCCACCCCAUCGCGCCUCGCAGUCCGAGGAGGACGACGAUGAUGAGGACGACAUUGUCGCCAUGGCCCCGGUGCCCGACUGUCGCUGCUCCUGCGACCACCUCGCCAAUGGCAACUACCGGCAACUGCAGGAGGAUGAGAGUGGACAAUUUCCACCUCUACCAAAGGAAGAGAUGACUUUCUACCCUGCGUCUUCAGCAACUUCAAGCACGACGACAUCUGGCAAACUCACGGGUUGCGUAGAACUGAUAAGAUGCCGGCAGAGAUGGAUUGUAGCAGCGGCAGUGCUUUUGGCGGCAGCUGCAGGGGUAGCUGUACCUCUGGCGCUGCAGCUUAAAGCGGAAGCGCCCUUCCAAGAGAGACUACACAUGGCAGCUACCCUCCUGCAAGAAACACCUCUCAUAGAUGGACAUAACGAUUUGCCGUGGAAUAUAAGAAAGUUCGUUCACAAUCGACUAGGUGAACUGAAGUUUGGUGAAGAUCUUCGCAAGGUUCCUCCCUGGUCGCGGUCAGCUUGGUCGCACACUGACCUCCUGCGUCUACGCUCCGGACGAGUCGCUGCUCAGUUCUGGGCAGCAUACGUGCCUUGUGAGUCACAGUUCAAGGACGCUGUACAACUAACUUUGGAACAGAUCGAUGUGAUUAAACGGCUCACAGACAAGUACAGCCCUCCACUCACCUUCUGUGCAUCAUCAAAUGAUAUAUUUGAUGCUCACUCGAAAGGGCAAGUUUGCAGUCUGAUUGGAGUGGAAGGAGGGCAUUCAUUGGCCAACAGCUUGCCUGUACUAAGAACACUCUACGGGCUUGGUGUGCGCUAUCUAACAUUGACUUCCACGUGUAAUACUCAGUGGGCGGACUCAUCGCUGGUUGAUACACCUGGAAAGAAGGCAGAGCAUGGAGGACUGACCAACUUUGGAAAAAUAGUUGUAAAAGAGAUGAAUAGACUGGGAAUGCUUGUCGACCUCUCGCAUGUGUCAGUGAAAACCAUGAAAGCUGCACUGGACGUGAGCAAAGCUCCAGUUGUGUUUUCUCAUUCAUCAGCCAGGGCACUCUGCAAUAGCACAAGAAAUGUUCCUGACCACAUUUUGGGAAAAUUGAGUUUGAAUGGAGGUUUAGUAAUGGUGAAUUUCUACUCUCAGUUUUUAACCUGCCAAGAUGUUGCAACAGUAUCUGAUGCUGUAGCGCACAUUAACCACAUACGGGAAGUGGCUGGAGUUGACAGUGUUGGUUUAGGAGCUGGCUAUGAUGGUAUCAAUUUCACUCCAAAAGGAUUGGAGGAUGUGUCAUCCUAUCCUGCAUUGUUUGCUGAGCUAAUUGGAUCAGGACAGUGGUCAAUAGAUGAUUUGAAGAAACUUGCUGGCCUCAACUUUCUGAGAGUUCUAAAAGCUGUUGAGAGAGUCAGAGAUGAUAUGGCGAAAUCAGGCAUUGAACCAUACGAAGACACAAUUUCGCCAAGAUACUUGAAGGGUAGAAGUAAUUGCACAUCUCAAGAUCCAUUUUAGCAACAAACUAGGUAUAUUAUGGAGUUAGUGAUUAUCAAUGAUACCACCGUAGUCACAACAGAAAGUUUCUCAUGAUUCUCAAGGAUGACGUCUUCCCAGAAACUAUAGACUAGGUACUUAGAUUCCAAACAGGGAAACCAAAACACAGUCGACACUUCGAGAACAUUGAUCACCUUUUAUACAAAUUUCUAUCUGUAGCAUCAGUGUCUUAGGAACUGUUAGUAAUAAGUAGGUAUUUUUAAAAUGACCAAUUAUUCAUUAUAAAUUUGUUUACUUAAAUGUGAUCAUUGAUACAUUUGAGAGGAUAUCUAUAGAACAUGAAAAUCACGUCAGUUCAUGAUCCUUAUAAAUUUACCAGCAAUAAUCGUUCCACCAAUUCAAGUUCCAACCAUCUUUAUAAUGUAAGUUAAGCAUUCUAUAAUUUUCCAUCCGUGUGAAUUUUUAAAGUGAAUAGGCCUAUAAUAUAAAUAUAGAAUGAGAUUAAGGCACAGUUAGUACGGUACUGUAUGUACGAAACCUACUUCAACUUAUAUUAAUAUCGUUUUUGUUGAUACUUUUAUCAGUUCAUUACAAAGGUUUUUAAUUCCUGAACAAUAUGAACUAUUGUUGUUUGAAAUUUAUUUCUUGUUCAUGGAUUACUAUACGGUAGACCAACGAUUGCCAGCACAUAAAUUGCUUUUUUCUAUAAUUAAAAAAAAAUACAUCUUGGUUUUCUGUUUUCUCUUGUUUUAUCAUGCAAUUUGAUAUCUUAUUCCUAUCUAUUCACUCAGCAUCUGCGGUUAUAUGUGGAUGGAUAAUAGGAUAUGGGUUUUGAUAUUAAUUUAAAGAAAUAUUGAAUACUAUUGAUGAUGGCCCAAUAUGAAUAUUAUUAUAUUAUCACAUCUUUGUCAAGAUUUGUUUAUUGAUUGGAUGAUUAUGAUAACAUAUGAGCUUAAUUUUUAUGAAUCAAUUGCCAAAAGACAGCAAAAAACAGUAUUCUAUUAUAAGUAGCCUAUUUUACUUGCCAAAUGUAUUUAAAAUAGUAAAUUAUAAAAUUAUUGUAAAUAGUCAUUAUAUUGUAUCAACGAAUUAGUAGAUUUAUAAAUUAAUACGAUACGGUACUAAUUGCAAUUACUAUCUAAUUUUAGAAAAAGAAAAGAAUCCUACUUAUUACCUCAUAUAAUUGUUUUGGGUACGGUAUGUGAAUGAUUACCAGUAUGUCAAUUUGCAUAGCAUAACCGAAUGUAUUUCUGAUAUUUAGCUAGAUACGAAAUGGAGUGUGAUAACAUACUGAACAAUAUAGUAAAUGAUUUGUAACGAUGUACAUCAUCCCAUAAGCAAAAUGAUAGUAGAAAACGUUACAUGGAAACUUUCAAUCAAAAGUAGACCCACCACCAAAAAAUAUUUGAAUUUGAAUCAUGAACUUAUAAUAAUGAAUUUAUUAAGAACAGAAUAGAUGAGUUUAUAAGAAAUAAUUAUUGUAUAUUAGGUUUUAUGUAUGGUAAUUCAAAUGAAGACUACUUGUCAAUAAUGGAAUUUCUGAUUCCUCAUUUUCUCACUAGGUGAACCUGAGUGAACUUAGAGUUCAAUAGAUCAUUUUUUAUUCUUCACUAUACAGUUCAAAAAAGACCCAAUUAAAAAUAUGUUGUAGCUCAAUCCUUAUAGUGUUAGAAGCAUCGAGUUUUAAAUUUCCAGAAAUAAUUUUCUUAGAACAAAAAUGUAUUAAUAAUUAUUACGGAAAUUUGGUCCAGCAAAUGAACUUGCAUUGGGGCCGCUUCAACUCUGCCGACUAGCAAAAUAGGUAUAACUUAAAUGAUAAGAAUAAUAUCAGUAGUAAAAAAAAAUUAUAUUCUUUUUCACUGAAGGUCUGUUAUUUUUGAUUCGAUCCCAUUUGAAAGUAGUUUUGUGGACAUGAAAUGGAUAAGAAUCUUGUAUAUGCAUAACUUGAUAAACUUAGCAACUAUAAAAUUCCGAGGCCUAGUCUGAGGUACGGAAUACGAUGGAGUAAUAGUUCUAUUUAUUUAUUUUCCAUUCAUUCAUUUUGUUCUUUCUUAUGAAAUUUAUUGAUCAAUAUUAAGAAUCUUAUUUUUUCUAUCGCAACUAAAUACCUACAGUUGUGAAUGUCUGAGGUUUUUAUUUGUAUAGAAGGAAGAUAAAUAUUGGCCUAAAAAAUAUUUUGUAAUACCGGUAACACAUUAUUCAAAGUAAUAUUCAAUGAAGGAUAUUUUACAAUAAAUUAAGAUGGGGUCUAGGUAAUAUUCUAAAUUGCAGUAAUAUUAUUUUAUCCUUUUACGCCUUUUUACAAUAACCUUCCACGUUAUAAAAAAUAAUUGAAUUACGUUUUGAUUGUUUUUAUUCAAUGGCUAUAUUGACGAAUUGACCAUUUAUUUGUUAAGGUACAACUUAAAAAAAUGUCUACACAAUCAUAAAUAACUUCGGCCUACAAUAGUAUUCCAUUAAAAAAAAUCAUUCACACUGUCACAACUUAAUAAUAAAUAUGUUGAAAUGAAUAUUUUUGAUUUAAUAUUUUCAAUAGAAAAUACAACAGUACCAAUUUAAAAAAUAUUUGUGAAGCUGAUCUUGUACUAUAUAUAUUAAGGGAAUAAAAACAUAAACUAGUUUAAUUGUGUGACAUAGCCUACUUUUGUGGUUAGAGUGAAGGUACAGAGUA